AAAGCUCAUCUUGUUGAAAUUUAGUCCGGUCAAUUAAGAUUCAUUUUCCGACUCUUUUUACUUUUCAUCUCUGAAAAUGGCAAGUGAAGCUCAUGCAGCUAUUAAUGCUCCGGCGGCGCCGACUGUUUGUGUCACUGGAGCAUCUGGAUUUAUUGGUUCUUGGCUUGUCAUGAGACUCCUUGAACGAGGUUACAAUGUCCAUGCUACCGUUCGUGAUCCUGAGAACAAGAAGAAGGUGAAGCAUCUGUUAGAAUUGCCGAAAGCUGAUACCAACUUAACGCUGUGGAAAGCAGACUUGACAGUGGAAGGAAGCUUUGAUGAAGCCAUUCAAGGCUGUCAAGGAGUAUUUCAUGUGGCAACACCUAUGGAUUUCGAGUCGAAGGACCCCGAGAAUGAAGUAAUAAAACCAACAGUCAGGGGAAUGUUGAGUAUCAUAGAAUCAUGUGUUAAGGCAAACACGGUAAGGAGACUGGUUUUCACUUCAUCUGCUGGAACUCUUGAUGUCCAAGAGCACCAAAAACUCUUCUAUGACGAGAGCAGCUGGAGUGACUUGGAUUUCAUCUAUGCUAAGAAGAUGACAGGAUGGAUGUAUUUUGUUUCCAAGAUACUGGCAGAGAAGGCUGCAAUGGAAGAAGCUAAGAAGAACAACAUUGAUUUCAUUAGCAUCAUACCACCACUGGUUGUGGGUCCGUUCAUCACACCUACGUUCCCACCUAGCUUAAUCACUGCCCUUUCACUAAUUACCGGGAAUGAAGCUCACUACUGCAUCAUUAAACAAGGUCAAUAUGUGCAUUUAGAUGAUCUUUGUGAGGCUCAUAUAUUCCUUUACGAGCACCCCAAGGCAGAGGGAAGAUACAUUUGCUCUUCCCAUCAUGCAAUCAUAUAUGAUGUGGCUAAGAUGGUUCGACAAAAAUGGCCAGAGUACUACGUUCCUACUGAGUUUAAAGGCAUCGAUAAGGACUUGCCCAUAAUAUCUUUUUCGUCAAAGAAGCUAAUGGACAUGGGGUUUCAAUUCAAAUACACAUUGGAGGAUAUGUAUAAAGGAGCCAUCGAGACUUGCCGACAGAAGCAGUUGCUUCCCUUAUCUACCCGAAGCACUGCAGACAAUGGACAAGACAAAGAAGCCAUUCCAAUUUCUGCUGAAAACUAUGCAAGUGGCAAGGAGAAUGCACGAGUUGCAAAUGGUACAAGAAAGUUAACCAAUGAUGAAAUCUAGAACUGUAACCUUACAAAAUAAAGAGGCGAGCUUGCCUAGCAAUAUGUUUGCUUCUUGGUUCCCUGAUAUCUGUUUGAGGUUUUCCAAUACUAAAUGCGUAAAAUGGUCAAUGACUAUAUGGAAA